AUGACAUUUCGAUUGUUAGCGGAUCCGCGGAAGUCUUUUGACCAGGAGUUGUAUAAACGUGUACUGAAUUAUACAGAAUGCGAGAGGCAAUUGAAAUAUCUGUCUAAUAGCUCUUUGGCACUCCCAUUUAUCGAUGCGAGUGCCAAACUGCCCAGUGGAAUAUUGACCAUGAACAUCAACGAUUAUGGUGAUUACUACGAAUGUCUCGACAUAAAUAAGGCCAGAGAUGAUAUACACCUGGAAGGCAAAUACUGCUUCAUCAGAAUACCAUUCUCGCAGACUAUAACCAUGCCGACUUGGUACACUGUGUCUAAGAUGGCCAGGUCUUUUACCGGACCUAGCGCAAUUGAUGGACUCGUUAAAGCCGAAAAGUUUGUCAAUAAUUUGAGAGAUGCUCCUGAAAUUACAUCAUUCACGGAUAGUUAUCAAACAACGAAUAUGAUGUCAUUAAAGCUGGCUGUAUGUAUUCCAAAAGUUUGUACUGUCGAUCAGGUUGCGGACUUUAUCACUCCUCCCAUUCCGCUACCACAAGUUGAGUUCCGGGAAACCGUUUGUCGAUUGCCUGGUGAUAAAAUGUUAAGUACAGCUGAUUAUAUUGCGUUCGGAGUGUUUGGGACUGUAGUUCUCUUAACGAUUCUCAGUACUUGUUACGAUCUAUUUCAAGUAUUUAUAAGGAAAAAAUCUCGGUCCAAUCGGCUAUUGUCAUGCAUGUCAAUAUACACGAAUACAAUAAAAUUACUUACUUUCAAGUCUCCAAAGUAUGCGAUGCACUGUGUUGAUGGUAUACGUGCAAUAUCCAUGUUAUGGGUGAUUGUGGGUCAUGCAUAUGUCUUUGAGUUGUUAUCUCCAGCCCACAAUUUAAUGGAUAUGAGAGAGUGGACGACUUAUUUUAAAAGUACAUGGAUUAAUGCUGCACCCCUAGUUGUGGAUACAUUUUUCAUGUUGAGUGGCUUAUUUUGCGUGUACAUUUUACCUAAAAGUCUGACACCAUUGCGCUUCACGAAAACCCUUCACAUAUUUUACCUAUACCGAUACUUACGGACGUUACCCAUUCUGGCAGUGGCUGUACUUUUACAAGCAUCAUUCUUCCUUUGGAUAAAUGAUGGUCCAGAUUGGGAUCGCAUUGCGUAUGGCACAGAAGCCUGUAGAAGUAAAUGGUGGGCAACGUUGUUCCAUGUACAGAAUUAUUUAUCACCUGUUGGAGUGUGCGUAUUUCAAUCGUGGUACUUGACAGUGGACAUGCAGCUGUACUUCCUCAGUCCCAUUAUCAUUUUCUUCCUCUUAUGGUCUGAGAGCGUGGCUUGGUUUGCCCUUACAUUCUCUUUUCUGACGUCCAUUGUUGUCAUGGCCUAUUAUUGCUUCACAUAUCAAUUUCCUUCAAUUAUAAACAGUCUAUGGUAUUCAGAUAAAUUUUACGAUUAUUAUAAAACGUUCUACGUAAAUACUGCAACGCGAGCAUCGCCUUUUAUAGUUGGUUUGAUAUUUGGCUACAUUCUCUGGAAGCACCGCGGGAAACAAAUAAUAUUUUCUAAGAAACGCAUCAUAGCUAACUGGACUGUGGCAUUCACAGCAAUGGCUUAUUGCAUUCUUAUGGUAUACCCGUUCGCCCAAUUACCCUAUGAAUUUAGUUUCCAUAACAAUUUUUAUAACUCCAUUAUGAGAGCAAUAUGGGCAGCUUCAGUGGGCUGGAUAAUUUUGGCAUGUACUCACGGAUAUGGGGGUCCACUGAACUGGUUUUUAUCUCUCCCAAUGUGGAAGUUGCCUUCUAGAUUAUCGUACGCCGUAUACCUUACACACGUACAAGUUAUCAUGUCACAUGCUAAUAGUGUUUUGGCACCCCGGUAUUUCACUGAAAUUGAUACCUUAUAUUUCGCUGCAGGAUAUACUUUGUUGUCUUUGGCUCUUGCUUUUGCCAUUUGUUUGUUAAUUGAUGAACCAUGUGCUACACUACUUAAGCUUGCUAUGGGUAAAGUUUAA